GCAUUUUCUGUUUUCUCGCUUGCCCCCCACCAUCCUGAUGGACAGCUUACCUCCCAAGGCCUACAACUUCAACUUCCGCAACCUGCGAGAGGCCCCUAACCGGAACUCCACCUACCUCUGCUUCGAGGUGGAGGAAGAACAGCUUGACUCCCCUGAGUCCUCCUACUGGGGGGUCUUUCGAAACCAGCCCUCCCACCUCCACCAGGUCUACCCGGAAGAGCCUCUCCACGCAGAACAGCGUUUCCUCUCUUGGUUCUAUGACGCACUUCUGUCUCCUCAUGCGUAUUACCGUGUCACCUGGUACAUGUCCUGGAGCCCCUGCUCCGAGUGUGCAGAGGAGGUGGUCAGCUUCCUGGGGGAGCGCGAGAACGUCAGCCUGAGCAUCUCCGCCUCCCGCCUGUACAAGUGUGAUGACCAGGACCAGCAGGAGGGGCUUCGACUACUGGACCAGGCGGGGGUCGAGGUGGCCAUGAUGUCUCCCGAGGAUUUUGAAUACUGUUGGGACAACUUUGUGGACAACCGCAGAAGGUCCUUCAGGUAUUGGAAGGGUAUCCGUCGAAAUUAUUAUGCUCUGGAUGACGAGCUUAAAGCAAUCCUCUGCAGGGGAUGGAACCCGAUGCAGAAGUUAUAUGCAGACUAUUUUGACUUUCACUUCACCAACAAGCCUACCCCCAAAGGUCGAAAUGGCUGCUACAUCUGCUACGAAGUGCGAGGAAACCACUCACCUAUCUUCAAAGGGGUCUUUGAAAACCAGUUCUACCCAAAGACGAGAGUCCACGCAGAAAUCUGCUUCCUGAACUGGUUCAAGGAGUUACCCUUGGAGCAGACCCCGGGCCCUGGGGAACAGUACGACAUCACCUGGUACAUGUCCUGGAGCCCCUGUGUGGAGUGUGCGAAGCAGGUGGCCGAGUUCCUGAACACGCACAAGCAUGUGCGGCUGCGCAUCACUUUCUCACGCCUCUACCACGGCAACAAGCAGGAAUACCGGCAGGGGCUUCGUAGUCUUGCCGGCGCGGGGGCCGAGGUGGCCGUAAUGUCUCCAGAGGACUUUACGUGCUGCUGGACAACCUUUGUGGCCCCCGAGGAAGCACUUUUCCCGCCCUGGAGUAACCCGGAUGACCUGGUUUUCAGCCCUGGUCUAACCUGGGCUAAACUGAGUAAAAACAGUGAGAAACUAUCAAAGAUGCUGGAUGACAUUCUCCUGGAUUCAGAGCAACUGAAGAUGGACUCAACCUCUCUGAACAACCGGAGUCUUCUGGAGGCUGAGGAGAGCCCUCUGAGCAGAAAGGCAGAGCCAGCGCUGGGGACAGACACCAGCAGAGAAAUAGCCCUGGAGGAGGACGACGUCAUGGAGCCCUGGCCCAGGUACCGCUGCCCAAUGUACAGCUUACAUCCCAAGACCUACACCACCAACUUCCACAACCGGCUAUUCGCCCAUGGGCUCAACAACACCUACCUCUGUUUCCAGGUGCAAAAAAAAAAGUACAACUUUCCCAAUCCCUGCUACCAGGGGAUCUUUCGAAACCAGCCCUCCUACCUUCAAUAUAUCUACCGGGUGGAGCCUCUCCAUGCAGAACAGUGCUUCCUCUCUUGGUUCAAUGACAAGUAUCCGUCCCCUCAUGCGGGUUACCAUGUCACCUGGUACAUGUCCUGGAGCCCCUGCUCCGAGUGUGCAGAGGAGGUGGUCAGCUUCCUGGGGGAGCGCGAGAACGUCAGCCUGAGCAUCUCCGCCUCCCGCCUGUACAAGUGUGAUGACCAGGACCAGCAGGAGGGGCUUCGACUACUGGAGCAGGCUGGGGCCGAGGUGGCCAUGAUGUCUCCCGAGGAUUUUGAAUACUGUUGGGACAACUUUGUGGACAACAGUGGAAGGUCCUUCACAUAUUGGAAGGGUAUCCGUCGAAAUUAUCAUGCUCUGGAUGACGAGCUUAAAGAAAUCCUCUGCAGGGGAUGACCUCAGGGUGCGAGGGGGCUUCCCGAGCCUGUUGCAGAAGGAAGACCGUGUCGCCGGGAGCCCAGCCCAGCUGCGGGCCCCAGGUCUGAUGGGAACAGGCCUGGUCUGAGCUGGAGGGAACACAGGCUUCUCUCCAGGUCUCCGAAGCCGCCCUUCCCCACUCCCAGCUGCAUAAAAACGCUGAUUUUCCGGUUUUCGGAGAAGAGAACUUGGAGAGGUCUGGCUCUCCUCUUCUCUCCCUUCGGCCGAAUCCAAUAAAGCCUCAGUGACCGCA